GGGACCCUAUAUAAACGAGUAAACCCUCUUCCAAUCUUAACUCAUCAAUUAAAUAAGUAAAUAAUUCUAUUAAUCCGGACUUGGAACAACAUUAUCCAACCCAAUUAAGAGCAUUCAGAGGUUCUGGCACUCUCCCCAAGCUCUCUUCCUCCACCAGAAGGAAGCAACCAAGCAGCUGACGCACAAGCCGACUCAAGGGUUUCUAGGGCUUAUGUGCCAUUAAAUUCCGGAUCAUUCAUUCGUUCACGUAAGCCUCGGUACAGCGGCUGAGUUAAGCGUUUUUCUAUACAUGUUUUGAUUGUUCUGCCGUUCGGAUUGUCCUCUUAUCGGCAAAGAUCCUUUGAAGCGUGAGGAUUAUUUCCUCGGGGCUGAAAGUUGCGUAGGAUCCAUGAGUGGCACAUUUUUCUUGGUAUGUAUUGUGCUUCGCUGCUUUCUGAUUCAUUUAGUCGGCUGAAAUAUUUACGGAAUUUGAUAAACAGUGAGUCUUCUGGACUCGUGAGGGCUGGAUCAACGCGGAAGGCUUUCAGCAACAAGAAAUGUUUGUUUGGUUCGAAAUUACGAGCGCUGCCUUUAAGUUUUGGUGAAAAUUUCGCUGGAGUAGCAGAGAAACCUUUUGGAAGCGAAAGAUUGUUGGUCGGCUCAAAAUUUGGUGUAGUUUGCGAAAAAUCGGCUUGGAGGAGAACUGUCUCUGCAAAUCUGGUAGCUUCCCCGAACAUUGAGGCGAAUUUGCGUUGUCUUCGCUGUUCUUUUUCUUCUGCCAUGGGUGUUGCUGAUGAGACUGGAGUUGCCAGAAGAUUAUGGUCGAUGUCCAAGAGAGAUUCCACUUUCGCCUUGUAUAAUCCGUUUGUGGUGGCUCUCUCAGCAGGGACUUUGAGUACGGAAUCAUUUCGUAAUUACAUGUCGCAGGAUGCCUAUUUUCUCAAAGCAUUUGUCGAGGCGUAUACCAUGGCAGAGGAGUGUGCAGAUGAUGAUGAUGAUAAAACAGCCAUAAGUGAGCUACAAAAGGCAGCGAAGGAAGAGUUAAAGCUGCAUAAUUCCUUUGCUGAGGCCUGGGACAUUGAAUUGGUGAAAGAGUGCUCACCUAAUAUGGCAACAGUGAAAUACACUGAUUUUUUACGGGCAACAGCUGCUGGAAAAGUGGAAGGGGGAAAAGGGCCAAGCAGAAGUGUGACCCCUUUUGAAAAGACUAAAAUAGCAGCGUACACAGUUGGUGCCAUGACUCCUUGCAUGAGACUCUAUGCUUUCUUGGGACAAGAAGUCUUGAAAAUUGUGAAUGAUGAGUGUGCUCGUCACCCAUACAGGCAGUGGAUUGAAACAUACUCUUCUGCAAACUUUGAGGCAUCAGCUACUCAAAUUGAAGAGUUGCUUGACAAGCUGGCAAUUUCAUUGACUGGGGAGGAGCUUGAAGUUCUCGGGAGAUUGUAUGAACAAGCAUUAAAGCUGGAAAUAGAAUUCUUUUCUGCUCAGCCUCUGUUUCAGAGAACCUCAGUUCCUGUGUUGAAAAUGGGAAAUUCUGCCAAUUGCCGAUUUACUGUUGUCUCAGAUUUUGAUUUAUCUUGCACUAUCGUGGAUUCCUCAGCCGUAUUAGUAGAAAUUGCUAUACAGACAACUUUAAAAGCUGAGCAAAGUGAGACAGAAACCUUAGGUGACCGCAAGUCAGCGGCAGAAUUGAGAAACACUUGGGAUACACUUUGUAGUCAAUAUGCAGAAGAGUAUGAAGGGUGCCUGAGUAAGAGUUUGCCAUCUGAAGAAGAAAAUUUUGAUUUUGAAGGCCUAUGCAGAUCUCUUGAAAAGCUAUCUCAGUAUGAGGUUGAGGCAAAUUCAAAAAUUGUUGAGUCAACUGUGCUUCAGGGCAUUAAUGCAGAGGACAUUAAAAAAGCUGGUGAGCACCUUCUGUUUCAGGAAGGCUGUACAAGUUUUUUCACACAAGUACUAAGCAAAAUGGAUGAUUACAAUGUUGACAUGCAUAUACUUUCUGUUUGUUGGAGUGGAGACAUCAUCAGAACUGCCUUCUUGACAAAUGGUGUCAACGGUUUACAUAUACAUUCAAAUGAGCUUAUGUUUGCAGAUUCCAUUUCUACUGGUAAUAUUGAUAGACAUGUUGAGUCUCCGAUGGACAAGUUGAAAACCUUUAAUAAUAUUUUGGCCUCUGCACAUGAUGAUAGCGUGGAGUACAUUUCCAUUUAUAUUGGUGAUAGUGUUGGUGACUUGUUGUGUCUUCUUGAAGCAAAUAUUGGAAUAGUAAUUGGUAAGAGCUCAAACCUGAGAAGGGUUGGAAAACAUUUUGGAGUAUCAUUUGUACCUUUGUUUUCUGGUCUUCUCAAGAAGGAAGGGGCAUAUGAGAAAGGUCUUAAUUGUUGGACAAAACAGAGUGGAAUUCUUUAUACUGUAUCUGGCUGGAAUGAAAUACAUGCUUUCCUUUUGGGCUCUUCUAUUUAAAUGGUGCUUUAAGUAUACAAGCUUUUGACAGUGGGUUAUUUGUUGAUGUGAAGAAACAGUUCUUAGAAUUCAAGUACAUAAAUUAAGCAGGAGUUUAUUAUCUUUUCCUAAACUCAAGGCCUGGACAAGUAUUGCUACACAGCUAAUGGUGCCUUUCAAAAUGAAUUGAACAUACAUAGAAUUUUUUGUUAGAUGUGCCAUUUUGAUGGUGAAUCAAUAUCAUGAAUUUUCUUGUUCCUUUUGAGGAAAAUCUCAGUCUCUAUUUUCAACUUAAGCAUAUACUGAUGGAGGAGUAAUUUGAACAGCUCCUGCAGCCAGGUAUUGUGACUGCUAGUCUACCGCCCAUUUCAGCUCGUAUAUUAUGACAGGGCUGUCAGGGAAGAGUCAGAUUUGCAGGUCUGAUUUAUAUGUUACAGCUCCAGACAUUUAUGUUAGUAAACUUUGUUAAGGAGUUAAUUUUUGUAAGAUGUUCCUGUUAAUUAAAUGUUAUUAGAGGGAAAAUCUGUAUAUAUUGGGGUCUUGAAUCAAAGCUGUCAAAGCUGUUGAUCGACUUGCCAGAGGCCUUGAAUCGUGUCUACAGGAUUUUAUUGGAGAUAAACAGUUUUAUGGUGCACAAAAUGGGCCAUAAUUUUACCUUUCAAUAUAUUCUUCCGUACCAUGUAGGUUUCAGCACACAGAGGCACGUAUAUAUUUUUGAAGGCAAUAUAGAUGUUUCAAAGAAUAUCAGGGGAUGGUCUCUUUGGCCAUGCAGCUAAAAUUCACAAUUGUUUCAAGUGCUAAUAACAAGAAAUGUAUGGAAACAUUUAUUAUUUGGAUACAAAUUUUUGGAUGUUCCUAUUUUGA